UUUCGCCUCUACUCUCGAGGCUGCCUCAGUCCCGCGCUCGGUGGCGUCGGAGCCGGAGCGGUCUGAGAGGAAGAGGGAGAGGAAAAGAAGCCGGAAAGUGAGGAUUAUGAGAUGGGCAGCGAGUCCGGCCAGAGGAGCUGACGGAGGAGGGGCCGGAGAAGCCCUGAGGGGAGAGGCCGAAGCGGGAAAGUUCUCGGCCGCCUGAAGGGAGGCGCCAGCGAGCCGCUGAGGCUGCCGCUGCGGGCGCUCUUUGCCCCGCGGCUGCGGCCGGCCUGCAGGGGGCGCUGCCGUGACGGGGGAAGGCGGCGGCGCGGGCCAUGCCUGCCGUCAGCCUGUUGCCGCUCUUCGGCAGCCCCUCGGGGCCCGGCGCCUCCUUGGGCGCCUCCUUAGGCGGAGGGGCCCCCGGCGGGGCGCGGAAAGCCCCGGGCCCUAGCGCCUUCCGCCUCACGGAGAAGUUCGUCCUGCUCCUGGUCUUCAGCGCCUUCAUCACGCUUUGCUUCGGGGCCAUCUUCUUCCUGCCGGACUCGCCCAAGCUCCUCAGCGGCGUCUUGUUCCACUCCCGCCCGCCGCCCCAGCAGCAGCACCCGCCGCCUUUGCCUCCUUUGCCGCCCGCCGGAGGGGGCCUCAGCAGCAGCAGCGACGCCAACGCCAACUUGGCCAAGAUCCGCGAGGACCACGAGCGCGCGCUGCGGGAGGCCAAAGAAACCCUCCAGAAGCAGCCCGACGAGAUCCGCAGCGACAUCCACCGGGACAAGGAGAAGUUCCUCCUCCUCCAGGACCGGGUGGGCAGGAGCGGAGCAAAGGACGGCCUGCCCGAGCUGCCCUUCCGCAAACCCGUGGGCGCCGUGGGAGGGGAGCCGCCCGACCCCGCCGCCCGCCAGAAGAGGGACAAGAUCAAGGAGAUGAUGAAACACGCCUGGGAUAAUUAUAAACAUUACGCAUGGGGAUUAAAUGAACUGAAACCCAUAUCAAAACAAGGACACUCAAGCAAUUUAUUUGGCAAUAUUCAAGGAGCAACCAUUGUUGAUGCCUUGGACACACUAUAUAUCAUGGAAAUGAAAGAUGAAUUUAAAGAAGCCAAAGAAUGGGUGGAGAAAAAUCUUGAUUUCAAUGUGAAUGCAGAAGUCUCUGUUUUUGAAGUGAACAUUCGUUUUGUUGGUGGGCUGCUUUCAGCGUAUUAUCUUUCUGGAGAAGAGAUAUUUCGAAAGAAAGCAGUGGAACUAGGAGAGAAGCUGCUUCCAGCCUUUAACACUCCCACAGGAAUUCCUUGGGCAUUACUAAAUAUCAAAAGUGGCAUUGGUCGAAACUGGCCUUGGGCCUCAGGAGGAAGCAGCAUUUUAGCAGAAUUUGGAACACUACAUUUGGAAUUUAUACAUUUAAGCUAUUUGUCUGGAAACCCGGUGUUUGCUGAAAAGGUCAUGAAUAUUCGGAAAGUUCUAAACCGGUUGGAUAAACCAGAAGGUCUUUACCCUAACUAUCUAAAUCCCAAUAGUGGCCAGUGGGGUCAACAUCAUGUCUCCAUUGGGGGACUUGGAGAUAGCUUUUAUGAAUAUUUACUUAAGGCAUGGCUGAUGUCAGAUAAGACAGAUGAAGAAGGCAGGCAAAUGUAUUAUGAUGCUGUUCAGUCUAUUGACACCCAUCUAAUCAGGAAGUCUAGCACUGGUCUGAUGUACAUUGCUGAAUGGAAGGGUGGCCUGCUUGAACACAAAAUGGGCCACCUCACUUGUUUUGCUGGAGGAAUGUUUGUUCUGGGUGCGGAUGGAGCACCAGCUGAUAAAACUGGACGCCACGUUGAACUUGGUGCUGAAAUUGCCCGCACAUGUCAUGAAUCCUAUGAUCGCACAAGCAUGAAGCUGGGACCAGAAGCCUUCAGGUUUGAUGGUGGAGUUGAAGCAAUUGCUACCAGACAAAAUGAAAAAUACUAUAUCUUGCGUCCUGAAGUUAUAGAAACUUACAUGUACAUGUGGCGAUUUACUCAUGACCCAAAGUAUCGUGAGUGGGGCUGGGAAGCUGUAGAGGCGUUGGAAAAAUACUGCAGAGUAGAUGGUGGUUAUUCUGGAGUCAAAGAUGUAUACAGCAACCAUCCAAGCCAUGAUGAUGUACAGCAGAGUUUCUUCCUGUCAGAAACGCUCAAGUACCUGUACUUACUAUUCUCUGAAGAUGAUCUCCUGCCAUUUGAACAUUGGGUCUUUAACACUGAGGCACACCCUUUUCCAAUCCUAACAACAGAAGAAAGGCAAAAAGUCAAAGGCAAAUAAAUAAUACUGAAUUUUGUUUGGGGCACAUGAUAAUUAUUAAUAUUCCAGAGACAUCACUUUAAACCAUUUUUUGCAGUCUACUGUCAACCCAUACAAUACUUGUCAAGGGACCUAUAAUCAUUAAUAUAAUUAAUCUUAUUUAUGUUUUAAUAGAAAAAGUAACUUGUCAUCUCUAUAUUUUGUGAGGCCACAGUGUGCAUUCAGCUGAAUAGUAUACAGAGGUCAGCAUGUUACUUGUUUUCUGUUUUAUUUUUGACUGCAAAAUUCUAUCCUCCUCUAUGAGGAGAUGUCUGCUUUAAGCUGUAAUACUUUGCUGCGUUGCAAAAAGCCAUAAAGAAUUAAGUAUGAAGAGCUUUUUCUUUUUAAAAAAAAUCUGUGUUAAUGUGGUUUGUCUGAUCACUAGAGACAAAUCUAACUGUGACAGCCUCUUCUGAUGCGGGUCUAUCAUUAAUUGGUAAUUUGAAUACUUUAGAAGGUGUACAUUCAUACAAACUACAUAAGAAUAUUUUCAUUUCAUCUGUGCAUGCUGUUAUGUUUAAUUGUCACUCAUUUUAAAGGGCAAAGUCUGAAUUUUGAAUCUCUUUCCAAAUAUAUUAUUUGAUAAUAUUUCUGAAAAUCAAAUCAAACCAAGGAUAACUUGAGUACCCAGUGUUUUUCUGUAUCUGUGUCUAGUUUCACAAACAACUGCAAAACCAAGAGCAAGGAAGCUGCCAUCUGUGCAUAGCUUCAGCCUGAAAUUCUAAAGGUCUUCAGAUGAAUUUGCACAGGAAUGCAAAAAUUGUAUCUCUUUCAAACCUGUACUAUUGUAUACAAGGUGGGAUCUAGUGUGUGAAAUCCUAUGUAUGUUUUGAAACUUUUCCUGUUUAAAGUUUUAGACAGGGUAGCCCAUAAGUUUGUUACUACAGUUUCAACGUUCCAGCUAGCAUUGUGUGGAAUCCACAUAAAUAACAGGAAAACAAAAGAAAAACUCAUCAAGUCUUAAUUCACUUUUUUGGAGAGACUAAAGAUGACUCACUAUUUCUCUAAGUGUUUGGUUUUUUUCAAAAAAACUAAUUUGUGCCCUUCUUAAUAAACAUGACAAAAUAAACAUUGGUUGCUAAGGGACAGUUUUGUUGUGAAGCAGCUCUUGCCUGCUUCUGCCAGCAGAAUGACUCACGUGACUGAAAUUAAGAUUAAAAUAUGACUUUAAUGCAAAAUUGAAACUUGCUUAAGAUAAUUUUUCUACACAUUUUGAAAAACUUAUGGAAUUGGGGAGAUAAAUAGUACAAAAAUUUAAGGCAAGUGAUUACUCUCUGUCCAUGCUUACAUCAUUAGUUGUGAACAUAGCAUUGAACAACAUUUAGGUAGAAGAAUAAGUCAACUUUCUCACCUUGUUUUAUCUACUGCUGGCAUGUUCAUGCUGUCAAAAAUGAGAAGCUUUUGUUUGAGCUACCAGCUUGUUGUUAUGGAGUAUAAAACAAGUGGUCCUAGAGAUAAAAUCGUUGACCAUAUCUGGUCUGCAUCCCUUUUUCAAGUGCUUUUUAGCAGCAUUGCAUGAUGCUGCAUUUCAGUAUAAUAACAGACAUUAACCAUACUGCAAUGAUAUUUCAACCAAGCUUACAACAUCAAGGUUUCAUUUGCGAAGGUCCGCAACACUGCAUAUGGGAUUGGGCCAUAGGAAUGACACUUAACAGUGUGUAAUCUGACAGUUUGAAUGGUGAGAACAUAUAAGCAAUAAUUCUAACCUUUCCCCACCCAAGACUUUACCUGCCCCCUGUUUUGUGCCUCUCCAUGCCAAAUCAUAUAAUAAGUUCUUAACCAGCCUUCAGGUUUCAAAGGGAUCAGUUAGGAAGUGACAGAUUUGGGAAUGAAUAAUGUAAAGAAUGAGAAGAUGACAUAGGACUUCACUAAAGACCUCAUCACUAAGGCCCAUGGAUUCGCCAGACAUUGUAGUGAAUCCAUAAGCUCCUGGUGGAGGGCAUGGAGAAGUCGUCUCUCCAUGCCCUGUGCAAUUUACCUUUUCCCCUAUUGCUGGUAAAGCAACACAGCAAGGCUCCCGUGUUGCCGCAGCGGAGGCAUAUGCCACUUGCUCUCCUCGUUCCAGAUGGUACCCAACUGGAAGUACACAUGCGUCAUGUAAUGGGCUCCAUCCUGAAAGGGUAGAACAAAUGGCGUACAACAGGUAAAGUCCCCAUCUGAUGAGGUAGUAGUUCUUCACUGCUGUAAUUCUAAAGUCAUAACUUCAUUACAAUUGGGUAUGAUGUUUUCCUGUGUUCCGUUUUUGCAUUUUGUGUUUGAUUUUUUUUUAACAAAAUAAAAAAGCCUUUUGAAAGUGUGAUGUUAGAAACAAUACUGUGGUAAAAUAAUUAUCUGAAUCUUAUUUCACUGGUUCUUCUGAGAUAAGUAUGUCUUUGUACUAUAUUUAACCAUCCUUUUUCUCAUUUGGAAGUGCUAGAAACAGUUUAAUUCUAAAUACUCAUUCCUAUACAUGUGACUGAAGAAAGCCAAAUGUAAUUUGAUUUUUAUCUUUUCCGUAAAUAACUCAUCUCUAGCUCACUUUUUAAGCACUAAGUAAUAGUUGUACUUGGGCACUAUGGCUUCUACUGCUCACAGUAAUAGGUUGCUCCAACAAAGUGUGCAUUCUGUCUGGCAACACUACACUACUGUGUAUACAUUUAAAAUAACAGUAAUUACAAUGAAAUUAAACACCUCGAUGUUUUGAGUCAGUACUCUGUAAUCACACAGCCUGCCAUAUAACAAGAAAAAUCUACAAUAUUAUUAUUACAGGAGAGGAUAAGUUUAGGAUGCCCACUGCAGUACAGGUUUUCUAGUCUUAGAACUCAGAAUUAUGUAACUCGAAAUGAUUAAUGAUCUUGUUUUCAGAAUUCACUCAUGUUUCAAAAGAAAAUGCAGGGCAGCAAUUACUUGCAUGGGCUAGCCAUGUGCUGUGCUCUUUUAAGAAUGUUGCAAUCUGUGCAGCAGCUUUAAUUCAAUGGAGAUGGUUAGUAUUAAUUUGCAAUACUUAAGAGUGUGCAGUGGACUGCUGUCAAAAACAGGGAUUUCCCCCUUCUGCUUUCAUUCUGUUUAGAGGUGACGCCAGCAUUUGUAUAGCAUUGAAUAUUGCCCUUGGGAGCUACUAUUGCCAUUAGACUGUGAUGCUGAUCUCCAAAUUCUCUUCCCUGCACAAUAAAUCCCCAACAUUCCUCACAGUUCUACCUCAGGGCCCCACUACCCAUCCUUUAUUUAUUUUGACCCUUGCUUGCAACAUCUACUUAAAAGAGCAUGAAUAACCUAAACUUUGUGGGAGAUCUACCAGGUCUUCUAGUGUGGGAUAACAGAUCUCAAUCUAAAGAGCAUAAUGUCCUGUCCAAAUAUGUGAAUUUUUCAAAAAUACCAACAGAAAAAGAUCCUUGUUUAUUCAGCAUAAUUUUCAGUUAUCUUAAAUAAUAUCCCAUUUUGCCUUAUACCUAAAAUCCUAUAAGCCUCUAUUUUGGAUGCACUGGAUUGCAACCAUUUUCUGUGCCAAUCAAGUGCUUCUCCUUGCACAUAAAUCUAGAACAUUUCAUUUUAAAAUAAUUAUUAUUUAGAUAUUUAUUUCAUCUGUACAUGCCUACUUACAUUAAAAGAAAAUGUUCAGUACAUUAAGUAAAUUGUCUAUAUCUAGGCCACUGCCUAAAAUGUUUUCAUAAUUUACUAGACAUUCCAUGCAAACAGAUAUCAUUGGACUGAAGUGACUGGCCUCUGGAUGGAAAUCUGGCCUUUCAGUAUCUAUCCAGCUCAGCACUUUCACAUGAAUAUAAAAGCCUAGUGUGAUUUAGUAAAGAACAAUGAAAUACAAAAUAAACUCUCAAUUUGAUAAAAGUAGGAUUAUUCUGACCUCAUGCUCUAAGAAAGGGUAUUCUACACUUAGAAGAUCUGUUUUCCUAAGAUGUGCUUAUAGAGCUCUUUAAAGGGGGAAUGCCCAAACCUAUCUAAUGACAGACAUGUAGGCAUACUUAACAGUUUUAUUGCCUGAUGGAUUCUCGCCACCUACUGUAUUUUUGGUGAUGUUAGUCAUUAAUGUGCUGCUGCCAAAAUGUGCAAGGUCCCAUUUUGGGAAACCUAAUUAUUCUGCCCCGGUGAUAUUUCUGUACCUGUCACUAUAAAUACUGGAAAAUAAUUUAUGAAUGUAGCAGGAAUUGUACUAGUCAUUUUCCUACUUGCCACUCCCUUAGGAGUACAGUAGAGUCUCACUUAUGCAACAUAAAUGGGCCGGCAGAACAUUGGAGAAGUGUAAAUGUUGGAUAAUAAGCAGGAAUUAAGGAAAAGCCAAUUUAACGUCAAAUUACGUUAUGAUUUUACAAAUUAAGCAUCAAAACAUCAUGUUUUACAACAAGUCUGCCACUUGUUUGGGAGUGUGGCUGCACUUGUAUUGUUGUUGGGCAUGUUGGCCCACUGCACGUUGCUGCCUAGAGAAACAGCUGUGGAUCCGGGCUGGAGGCAGACUGUUGGAUAAUACAGAACAUUGGAUAAAUGAAAGUUGGAUAAGCGAGACCCUACUGUAAUUCACAUAAACAAGUGCAAUCUCUUUAAAGGCAUCAACGUAUUCAUCAGCUUCAUAUUAUCUCUUCACUGGAAAUUGUGGUUAUGAUCAUUUCUUCAUGGAUGUUAUUAUUUGAAAGAGCACAACGUUUCUAUGGUUCUAUAACAUAAGGUAAUCAGGUUGUAUGUAUAAGCUGCACUAUAAUGUACCUUUUUUGUAAAGUGAUGUAAGUAGACAAGAAGAUUGUAUAUCCUUAGAACUGCUAAAGUAAAAGAGAAACAAGUUUUAUAUCUUCAAAAGUAGUUUAACCCAAGAACACCAAAGUAUAAAACUUCAGAGUGAUCACCGUUUUAAGACUACAAUCCUGACAUUAUUUACAAUUAUGUAAAUAGUUUCAGAAUUAUGUUUUAGUGUUUAUGAACGAUUGUCAUACAACCACCCUGGUUUGGGGGGGGGGGAAUCUGUUACCUUGUACAUUUAAAUAACUAUGGGGUGACUGAUUAAAUACUAACCACCGUAUAUGUAUUUUAGAAUUAAGACAAUUUUUUGUUUUUAAAAGGUCUGUUCCUGUUUAGACAAUGUCUAAACUUCCAUUGCUCUUCAUCAUAUCACAGUGCAGUUGUUUAAAUAUCUAUUCAGUCCUGAAAAUUACUAAAAUAUCAUGUGUUGUAUGACAGUAUGACAGCUCUAUGAUCCCCAAAUGACACCUUGUUGAUAUGGUAUACUUCUCAUACUGCCAUCUUGUGUAAUUAAAAUCUUUUAAUUUGUGCAUAUCCCACUUUGUCCUUUUCCACCUUUAUAGAAAUCUCUGAAGUUAUAAAAGAUCAAAUGUUUAAUUUUUAAGAAUUAUAUUUGUAAAAAAAAUCUAUUGUGAAUAAAGCUUUUUAAUACA